GGUUGUUGAUCUUCAAUCGCCACUACUAUCUGUCUGUCUCAGCAUCCUCGCUCGCCCGCUCUCUGCUUUCCACCACCCCGCUGCCCUCGUCCCGCUCCACGGCGGCGCACGACGAGCUGCCUCAGUUGGCGCUGCUGCCGCCGCCGCCGCUGCUGCUGCUGAUUCCUGCGCUGCCGCCGCCAUUUUGGAGUCUGACAUACGCCCGACCGCCCGCACCUACGCACGCACGCACGCACGCACACACACACGCCCGUCCACCCGCCAGCCCGCUUGCAACGCCGUCGCAGUCUCUGCCUGGCCUGGCUGGCAAGACGGCUCGACUCCGACACGACUUGUGCGCUGCUCUGAGCUUAACUACUACUAAGACCCGACUGCCACCAGCUUACCCCGUCCACUAAUUGCACUCACUCCCAACCGUCGUGUCCCGGGAAUUUUAAUAUUAAAUUCGUGCUGUUCGAACCUUCGUCCUACAGCACUCCUCUGAUCUUCAGUGCGCCAUCAACCUUGCGUCUGGUUAACCUUCGGCAUCUGCUCAGGCGGAUUUUGCCUUCUGUUGCGCUGCGCUAGCAACUGCGACUGUCCGUCAUCUACUACUCUUUCCUCCUCGACGAUCACCGACUGCGUCCCGACUGCAGGCGCCAACAGCAACUAGCUCGACGACUAUCUGUUGCGGCCAUCCUCACUCUUGCACUCACAUUGUGACUGCAGUAUCCGCGAGCACGAGUAUUCUUCUUUGCACGUCUGACCAAGACCCCCACUUGAAAUUGGCAUCGCGUGUGUCACCAAUCAACUCCGACGCGUCGCGCAGCGGAUCUCGCUGUGCUUCCAAGUCUCGACGAGGGCGGCUGCGGCACCCCCAGUCCAAGUGACCAGUACAAUUUUGCAAACUCGCAGCGACAAACAAGCGUCCGACUCGCCAUGAGCACCGGCGGAGCGGGACCAUUGGUCCCUACCUUCCACGGCUUUGUGCACAAUAGUAUGGAUGGUCUCGUCCUAUUCGAGGCCUGUCUUUCUGGAAAGCUGCAUCACGUCCCACGACGACCACAUGACCGUGAAAGAAGCUCCCUCAUCAAGAGCGGCAGCAUCUUCAUCUACGAGGAAAAUGCCAGCGGUAUCAAGAGGUGGACUGACGGCGUCGCGUGGAGCCCCAGUCGCAUCCUCGGUAACUUUCUGAUCUAUCGCGAGCUCGAGAAGCCUUUCCCUCCUGGCGAGAAGAAACGUGCCAUGAAGCGGAAGAGGACGAGCAUGCCGGGUGAACCAUACCCUCGACGGGACUCUGAUGGGACUGAAGAACAGCAGCAGCUCAACACCCCGCUGACGCCCCCUACGCCUCCAAAUGUGGGCGGUGAGGUGAAGCCGGAAAUCGCAUCAACCGACCAGGAUAAAGAACUGGAGCGCAGUCUAAUUGGGAGCUUAGUUGAUAGCUACGGCUUCAGACCGGAUGGACUGGUGAAGAAGACGAUGAGCAUUUCUGUGAAUGGAAUCUCUCAUCACAUGGUUUCCUACUACAAAGUGGACGAUGUCAAGAACCAGCAGCUCCCUCGACCGCUGUCCGAUCCACGUCUGCAGAACAUUUCCGUGCGGCCCGAGCUGUACCUGAAGCAGAACUUCCGUGCGCCUGUCGAGGAGACCGAGCACUAUGCAAUUGACGGUCACAUGAAUGCGCACCCUCAGAUGAUGUACUCGUCGGUCAAUGGGUACGGUGUUUCAGCAGGGCAGUAUUUCGGUAGUCGCCAGUACCCUGGAAUGUAUGGUAUGGGCACAUCGACCGGUGCUGGGAUGUUUGGCGGUGUGACUGGGACUUCGUGGGCCCCUCAGCAAGCAUCGGCUCCGCCAAUGCCAUAUGGUAAUCAGUACGGAAGCCAAACAUAUGGCAGCUACUACAAAGGUCCCGAACAGACCCCAGGAUCUGGCGUGAAGACGGAAAGUCAGCAGAGCACUACGCAAGGCAUGCCAUACGGAAACCAAUACGCCCAAUCCUACUCUGGCAUGCAGAGGAACGGAUCUCAAUCUGCGCCAAGCGGCAUCAUGCAAUCAUCGUACCAGGCCCCUGGACAGCCAGCUUCCUCCGCCUACGGCAGCAUGCCUCAGAGCAAUGGGCGGUCUCCCUACGCUAACAGCCCUUCCACAAAUGGACCGCCUCCACAGAUGUACGGAAAUCCGGCCUCUCAACCUUACGCAGUACGCUCACCCACGCAAAGCUAUGGCGUCCAAAGCGCGCCUCAGAGUGCCAUCAGCCAGUCUCCCCACCCGUCUGCUAAAAGCCCUCAAUCUACUCAUCCGGGCACGCCAGCCACCUCCAUCGGAACAGAUCCCAACAGCCAGAUGCACAACCCAUAUCGCACCGCAUCGUACCCUGCACCGCAGUCCACGCAUUCAGGGAAUGAUAUCAAUGGACUGGGGAUCAGUAGCACAUCCAGCUAUCCGCCGCCAUCGCACAACGGGUCUGGGUACAGCUACGGGUCGUCGGCAUCAAAUGCACAAGUCGUGGGCCCCUAUCCGUCGUAGACGGGCGGCGUUUCGGAAGACUGCCGCAUAUGGCAGCGCUACAAAAGAAGCUGUACCUGUGAAUGUUUUUUAAUCAUGCGAUGGGAUCCUUGCGUUAGGAAUCUUCUGUGUUCACUGUCGUGAAUGUGCACGACUCGGGUGAAUCAAUGCUCUGCGAGGAGCAUGCGUUUGCUUACACUGGCCUACGUGAGGGCGACCAUCGUCCUGGAGUGAAAGACCGCAUUUUGAAAGGCCGCUCACCCAAGUGGAGAAUUCGGCCGCAAAAGCGAUGAGAGAUGAGACGUGUUCGGCGAUCUGGAUGUACAUGGUCGAUCGUCAAUUGUAAUUGUAUUACUUAUGGCUGCAGUUGGGGGGCCGGGUCUUGGGAUUUGGGAUUACGCUGGCAAGCCGGACUGCAGCGUUAUGCUUUACUGCGGGCGGGUACGAUAACCACGACCACGCUAUUGCUAUCAAUGAAUGCCUUGAGAGGCAGCUUUGGAGGAGGUUAAUACCAGCUCAAAGAGCAUGAAAAUAAUAGAAAGUCGACUUUGGCUUUCGAUAUACUUGAUUCCG